GGGAUUUUAUUUUGAAACAUCCGAGCAGAAGUGUUGUUGUGCGCGCCGUCUGACCGGAGAGUCACUCUGCGAGGACAAGAGCAAGACGCGCCGAUGAGGUCCUGACAGAAAUGGCCGCUACAGGAUUGUGUUGCUCCAGGCUUGAGGAACCGAAGGCGCUGAUGAAGAUGGGCCUGUGCAUGCUCCUCCUCGGCCACGUCAACUUCCUGCUGGGAGCGCUGGUGCACGGCGUGGUGCUCCGACACAUCAACCUCCACAAGCAGGCCCGCGCCAUGGAGUACGCCAUCUCCAACGUGGUGGCGCUCACCUCCGGCCUGGUGGGAAUUGUCGUUGGCAUCCUGGCUAUCAUCCUGUCUAAGAACAAGAGGAGUAGAGGCCUGACGUGGUCACUUUUCACCGUCAGUUUGGCGUCAGCAGUCAUGGCGACGGCCUCGGCAAUCGGACUCCUCGUGUCCGUGGUGAGGGCCAUCCUUCAUGGUGGGCGGAGCCUGCUGACUCACUGCCGCUUCCCCGACGCCACUGGCUACUCCAGCAUCACCAACGAGUGUCCCUUCGACCCCACUCGCAUCUACAGCACCACUCUGAUCCUUUGGCUGCCUCUGAUCGUGACUUGUAUCACCCAGAUGGUGUUUUCUGCCCAGUGCUUGGCCACCUGCACUUCCUUCCUGGGCCUGCCUUGCUGCCCUACCAGAAAGUCCCCCAUAGACUAUGGCAGAUCGAUCAAUGUGGUGCGGCCGAUCGAGGAAGCCGCCCCCUCCCUCUGCAGAGUGCCGUCUAGGGGCUCCAGUGAACCGCCGACGCUCCACGCUGGGCCUCCGAGGAGCCACCGCGAGCCUCCGAAGCGGUACACUGCACCUCCGAGAGAGCUGCACCGACCUCCGCCCCCUCCCCGUCAGCACCGGAGCCUUCCUCCCUCCGAGAGACAGCCUCUCCACCAGCCACACAGAGAAAGGCCAGAAACGACUCGGGCCGGCGGCCAGCAGAGGCCACCGGAGCAACACCAGCUGCUGGAGAGAGGUGCGCUGCAGAGGUCCAGCUUCUGGAUUUAGGCACGUUCGACAGACGGGAGCUUUUGUCAAAUAUGAAACUCACAACCCUGCUUUCCUGUCGGUACCUCCAAGCUCUGGACUCUGCGGGUGUCUUUUAUUUAGCAGUGCAUUGGACUUAAGAUCAAUUCUGAUGCAUGGACUUUUUCUGCAGCUCACAGGGUCUUUGCACUGUGGGGAAUCCCUGUUUGGUUAACUUGUAGGUUGUUUUUUUUGCAUAUGAUGGUUGAAUUAUUCCUCAGGAUAGAAAGAUGAAACAAAUCCUUUCAAGUGAGGACAUGGUUAAAGACAUAGUUUGACACUUUUGGGAAAAUGUUUUUUUCUCUGUAGUUAGGACGUGGUUAGUUUGUUGGAAGACCUGAAGUUGAACUAUUACACGUAUCAUGGCAGCCGGAGAUGUGGAAAGGUCCCCACAAAGGAAACAACACACAGAAUACACAGUGUGUGUGUGUUUCUGUUUUUGCAGAGGAUGGAAUCUCUAGUUUGAAUUUUUUACAUAAUUGAGAAUAAAGUGUGUGCGUGUGUGUGCGCAACUUUUCUGCAAUAAGGUCAAGAAAAACUAGUUCCAUGAGAAGCUAGUACAGUGAGAUUUUGUAUUUAUUGCCUAAGUAAAUAAAGUUUUUACUCAGAAAUUA